AUGCCUCCAGCCUUUCCCGUCCCCAUGCCUCGCAAAGCGACCUACAGGGGUCGCCGUCGUGCCACCACGGCCGCCUCCUCUCGCCCGUCGCGAACCAAGAAAAAUACCACGGCGCUAACCAAGUCAUCUGUAGCAAUUAGCGACGAGGAAUCCUCCGACAAUGGCCCUCUUACCCUCCCCGUCCACGACAAGCCCGAGCGCUCGCGAAGCCGUAAGUCGACGACCAUAGACGAUGAGGAGGAUGAGCUGCCGCCGAGGAGGGCUGCUACUGCGACCAAGGGAAAGGUCGCCGACGAAAAUGAAGACGAAGAGGACGAGGAGGAAGGCGAGGAUGAGGAUAUGGAAGAGGAUGACAUAUUCGUCGUAGAGAAGAUCCUGGGACAUAUGAUGAACAAAGAGGGCGAUUUACUCUUCAAGGUGAAAUGGGAGGGAUAUGAGAAGAAAUCAGAUCAAACUUGGGAGCCAGAGGAAAGUCUGAAAGAGGGCGCAGCCGAGCUUCUGGAGGAGUACCUAGCUUCCUUCGGCGGUCGAGAGCGGAUAAUCGAAGAGUCGAAUGAGGCGAUAAAGACGAAGAAGCGAGGAAGGAAAGCGGCUUCUACUCCCACCGAAUCCAACAAGCGAUCGAAGCGAAACGGCCAUCCCCUGGACACGACACCGCCGGCGACUGCUAUCAAGGCUGGGGCGUGGCAACCGCCUGCGGGCUCUUGGGAGGACCACAUCGAGACGAUUGACGCUUGCGAAGACGAGGCUACGGGAAAGCUUGUAGUCUUCCUUAACUGGAAGAAUGGCAAGAAGACGAAGCAUAACACCGAUGUGGUAUAUAAGCGCUGCCCUCAAAAGAUGUUACGCUUUUAUGAGAACCACGUUCGCAUCGUCAAGCAUGAGACUGCAGAAGGAGUCGACGUCGCUGCUAUGGACGCUGCGGUUAAGGAGGCAGAGCCGUAG